CGAUUGCACUAAAUAAUCAAAUCGAGCUGCGAGGUCGCCAACUGAAACAAGCAUUUCAAGUAAAUUUUCAUUCUUCGGAGAAGUAAAUCCUCGUUCUGACAAAACCUCGAAUCAAUGGAGACGUGCCCCUCUGUAAAAAAUAUCCUUCUUCUGGAUUCUGAAGGUAAACGUGUGGCUAUUAAAUAUUUUUCAGAUGACUGGCCAACAAACAAUGCAAAGGAAGAAUUUGAGAAAGUCGUGUUUACCAAAACACAAAAGACAAAUGCUCGUACUGAAGCUGAGAUAGCAAUGUUUGAAAACAAUAUUGUUGUCUACAAGUUUGUUCAAGAUCUCCACUUUUUUGUAACUGGGAGUGAAGAUGAAAAUGAGCUUAUCUUAGCCAUUGUUCUCCAGGGAUUCUUUGAUCCAGUUGGCCUUCUCCUUAGAGGCAGUGUGGACAAACGAGAGGCACUGGAGAAUCUAGAUCUUGUUUUGUUAUGCCUUGAUGAAAUCGUUGAUGGCGGUAUUAUACUCGAAACUGAUGCAAAUGUUAUUGCUGGGAAAGUUGCAAAUCAUACUAUGGAUGCUGGGGCUCCUUUGUCCGAGCAGUCAAUAAGCCAAGCGUUGGCCACUGCGCGUGAACAUUUAGCAAGAUCUCUCCUCAAGUGAUGCUUGCAAGACAUUAUAGGCUGGUCUGGUGGAUAGAGAAUCAGGUUACUUCUGAAUUAAUUUUUUGGGCUGCCAAAUGCUCUAUUUCCUAUGUGCAUUUUGAUGUUCUUUUUUUUUUUCAAAUUAUUUUCAUGGUUUUUGUUUAAAUUGGCAUGGAUGUGAUGUAACGGCCCCGAAAAUUUAAAUGAAAUGUAUGUAUUAAAAAUCUCAAAUGCGGAAGC